CAAAACAAAAACAGCUGAUAGCUCACAGUUGCAGCUGACAGUUUAUUAAUUCUCAUUACACAAUUUUGCUUGUGGAAAAUAAAACUAAAUUACAUAUUGCAUAUUUGAAUAACGUUGCAAACAUCAUUAAUAAUGAGCAAUUUACUAAGUAUUAGCAAACAAUCUUGCCGUUUGUGCCAAUCAGCCUUAAAGCAAGUCUCAGCUGGUGUAUUGCAAAACAAUUCGGCUGCCUUCUCUACAACGACAUGUGUCUGCGCUGAAUCGAAGGAGCCGAAACCAAAGAGUGAACGAGUAGUAGAGUUUGAGAAAAAGUUGCGUGCAAAGACACCACUUGGAAAAUUAGAUGAGUUCUCACAACAUCCAUUCCAAGAAAAGGAGCCAUUGAAACCUUGGCCAAAUGCCACCAACCCGCAUACAGGUGAAAUUGGUGGACCGGCUGGGCCGGAGCCAACACGAUAUGGUGAUUGGGAACGUAAAGGGCGCGUUUCCGAUUUUUAAUAUAUAAAAUUUGUGAUAAUAUACAAAAUGACUGCAUUAAUUAUGUUUAUAUUAUGAAUUUGAAAUGUAAUUUUGUUUUUAAUAAAUAUCAAAUACUGUUACUGUUUUAUUGAGA